AUGCGACCAUUAAAUGAAGAACACGAACAAGAUUUCCCAAUUAUAUCGAAAUUACUUGUAACACUUCGUCAACAAAUUGUACCUUAUCAAAACGAAUAUUUUCAUGGUCGAGGUAUUGUUCUCACUGUUGGACCAAGUCAAUUAGAAUUAGCGAGAGUCAAUUUGAAAAUGAUUGAACACAGUGGUACUCAAUUGAAUGUUCAGAUAUGGUAUUCAUCCAGUCAAAUAUCAGAAGAACAGAUGAUGAACUCGCUUAUUGAGACAUCUAGACUCAAUGUCAGUAUAUGUUGUUUUGACAGAGCACAAUGUAGAACUCGUAGACAAAUCUGGAAACUUAAUUCUACUCAUGUCCAUAAACCUCAUGCAGGCAAUUUAUUGAAAAGUUUUCCUUAUAAACCGGCAGCAAUUGUUAGUGCUACUUUUGCUGAAGUACUAUUUCUCGAUUCUGAUGCAUAUGUUACAAGAGAUCCCAUAGAUCUUUUUGUUUCCGAUCCAAUGUAUCUCAAAUUUGGUGCUCUUUUCUUUCCUGAUGCUUAUCUAAGUCGACAACAUCCAUCUGUAUGGAAUUUGCUUAAUACAACUUGUGGUGAACAUGAAUAUGAAUUGGAUAGUGCUACAAUAUUAGUUGACAAAAAACGUGUAUGGAAUGGAAUUUAUAUGGCAAAAUUGAUGAAUGAUAAUCAUGAACUAUUCUAUAAACAUGUUUCUAGUGGAGACAAAGAUACAUAUCGAUUAGGUUUUCGUUAUAUGGAUGUAAAAUAUUAUAUAGUGAUGAUACCAUGUGCUACUGGUUCAUUCGAUGGUACUCGUUUUUGUGGUUGGUCUCUUUGCAAAACAGAUAGUCUUGCACAACAUAUCUACAUUAAUCAUGUUCAUCUUUUCAAAUAUGAACAUAUCAGCUACACACGAGCUAAUUUAGGUUAUACUCGUAUUGGUCUUGGUGAUCCAAAUAACAAUUCGUUUUUCUUUGCUCACUGUCGUUUACCAGGAGCAUCCACCAGUUGUUUUCAUAUUGUUAAGAAACCUAAUCCACAAAUCACUGAUAGUGUAUGUUACACAGGUGGAAUCCAAUUAGAAGAUACUGAGGAUCAUCAAUAUGCGCUGAAUGAAUCUUUGUUUUUUGAAGAAUCGAGAAACAAUCGAAUAUUAAUGAGCAAAACAAACAAUUCAAUGCCUCACUUUGUUGAUAAUUUACUGAAAUAUCUCUAA